AGCCCGAGCUGAGGGGCGGAGGAGGAGAGGCGGCGGCGGCGGAGGAGAAGCGGGGCGACUUCGGUGCUGCUACGAAAUGGCUGGGCAGCAGUUUCAGUACGACGACAGUGGCAAUACAUUUUUUUAUUUCCUCACGUCCUUCGUUGGCUUAAUUGUCAUCCCAGCCACCUAUUACCUCUGGCCCCGGGAUCAGAAUGCAGAGCAAUUACGAUUGAAGAGCUUGAGAAGAGUUCAUGGAAGAUGUCUGUGGUAUCGCCUUCGGCUUAUGAAAUCACAGCAGAGCAUUGUCCCAACACUAAAAAAAGCAGCCCUAUUGUUUGGUUGGGCAGUAUUUAUCUUCCUGGCCUAUAAGGUGUCUAAAUUAGAUCGCGAGUACCAGGAGUAUAACCCCUAUGAGGUCCUACAGCUGGAUGCGGGGGCAUCUGUGUCUGAGAUUAAGAAGCAGUACAGAGUGCUGUCACUGAAAUACCAUCCUGACAAAGGAGGAGAUGAGGCCUUGUUCAUGAAGAUAGCUAAAGCUUACUCAGCUUUAACUAAUGAGGAAUCACGGAAAAACUGGGAGACUUACGGCAACCCAGAUGGCCCUAGAGUCACAAGUUUUGGAAUUGCUCUCCCUGCAUGGAUUGUUGACCAGAAGAACUCUAUGCUGGUGCUGCUGGUGUAUGGUUUGGCUUUUAUGGUCAUUCUUCCUGUGGUUGUGGGCACGUGGUGGUACCGUUCUAUUCGCUACAGUGGUGAUCAGAUCCUCAUUAACACAACUCAGCUCUUCAUGCACUUUAUGUACAAAACACCCACCAUGAACAUGAAACGGUUAGUGAUGGUGCUGACAGCGGCGUUCGAAUUUGACCCACGUAGCAACAAAGAAGCUAUUAUAAGACCAACAGACAACAUUGAAGUUCCACAGCUGAUUCGGGAGCUGGGGAACAUCAAUGUGAAGAAGAAAGAGCCUCCAUUCUGUUACCCCUACAGUCUGAAGGCCCGUGUCCUUGUGCUCACACACCUUGCUCGGAUGGAGGUGUCUGAGAAUAUUGAAGAAGAUCAGAGGUUUGUAGUGAAGAAGUGUCCUGCCUUGCUUCAGGAGAUGAUCAAUGUUGGCUGCCAGCUCACAAUGAUGGCCACCAGCAGAGGAGGUUUUCGUGCUCCUAGAUUGACCUCUAUAGAGAACUGUAUGAAGCUGAGUCAGAUGGUGGUUCAGGGACUACAGGAGGCCAAGUCUCCUCUACUGCAGCUGCCCCACUUUGAAGAGGAGCACCUCAGAUACUGCAUCUCCAAAAAGUAUAAGGUGCGGAGUAUUCAAGAUUUGGUCAGUCUGAAGGACUCUGACAGAAGGAACAUGCUGAGGUUUCUAGGAGAAGAGAAGUAUGAUGAGGUCAUGGCCGUUCUUGGAAGCUUCCCCCACAUUACCAUGGAUACCAAGCUUCAAGUGCUUGAUGAUGAAGACAGCAAUAACAUCACAGCAGGGUCCAUUGUCACGGUUACAGUUACCUUGACGCGGAAGAAAAUGGCUGAGGUCUUUGAGAAGGAGCAGGACCCUCAAGCACCUGCAGAAGAGACCAACACGGAAGAGGCACAAGGUGACGCUGCUAAAAACAAAACUAAAGUUUGGCAAAACAAGAAUAAAGGAGCUAAGAAAGCAGCCAAGUCCAAAAAGAAGAAACUGACAAAGAAAAGGCCGGUCUCCCAGCAGCAGGCCAAGGGAGACAAGGCCAAACAGGCCAAUGGCAACGUCGCAGGAAACGAAGUGGCUGUAGUAGCAAAAGAGGAAGAGGAGGACCUUUCUGACAAAGGCAGUGAAUCGGAUGAAGCAGAGGGAAACAAGGACUCGCCCAGCGAGAGAGACGAGGAGAGUGACAAGCAGAGUGACACUGAGGUUGAUGAGAUCACAGGAGAUGAUGAAGAGGAGUGGGAGGCUCUGCAGCAGAGUAUCCAGCGCCGUGAACGAGCGCUGCUGGAGACCAAGUCCAAGGUCACACAUCCAGUCUACAGCCUGUACUUUCCUGAGGAGAAGCAGGAGUGGUGGUGGCUCUACAUCGCUGACCGCAAGGACCAGACACUUGUGUCCAUGCCAUACCAUGUCUGCACACUCAAAGACACAGAGGAGGUUGAGCUGAAAUUCCCUGCUCCAUCAAAAACAGGAAACUACCAGUAUUCAGUGAUCCUCAGAUCAGAUUCCUAUAUGGGAUUAGAUCAGGUCAAGCCACUGAAGUUGGAGGUGCAUGAAGCGAAGGCCAUGCUGGAUAACCACCCACAGUGGGACAUCCCAGAGACUGAGGAAGAGGAGGAGGAUCAGGAGGACAGUGACGGCAUUGAAGAGUCGGAGGAAGACGAUGAAGACAACGACUAAUCCAGCCAACCCACAUGAACUCUAACUCGGUUCACGCACCCAUGUGCCGCUCUCUCUCUGUCACACACAGACACACGAACACCUUCACAGACAGUCCAAAGCCACUGCCAUACCACUGUAACUGCAAAAACAGUUUUUUUGAGAUGGUAUGGACUGUGAUGACCCCUGCCUUGGUUCCAGACAAACGGUUGCGCACAUGAUUAUGUUCUUCACAUGUCCACUCAUUGGACAUGAGAGUCGGUUCUUUUUUUUUUUUUUAAUGUUUCCAUUAUCUAAAUGGCUGCGAGCUUGUGCCUGCAGCACCGCCGACACCACUACACCUCAUCAGAGGUGUUUGACCAACUGCCGUUUAAGACAAAUAAACAGACUGCUUCCCCCCAAAAAAGACACCUCAUGAUCAUCAUUUAUUUCUGUCACAUUUUAUGCGUUGUGGGUUUUCCUUUCCCUCACAUUUUUACUCCAAAGUAGUCCCUGAAAUGUAGUUCCACUGGCUAGUGUGAGCUGGAUUGAAUAAUGAGGUGCACCGCAGUGCUGUGGCUGUGUACAGGGAGCUGAGUGACAAUGCAAAUGGGGAACUCGAGGGGUAAAUAUUAAUCAUGCAUCUCAUUUUGCUCUAGUUAAAGGAUGUGGAGGCUCUCCUUUUGCUCUCUUCCUAUGAAGCUCAACACCCUUUACUUACAGUUCUUCUGUGCAGAUGACUGAUGAUUCCAGACAUUCCACAGCCAGAUCUACAAUGGAGUGUAUGCUUGAAUUUCAGUUUUAGUGUUUCUUUGUCCUAAUACAAAGAUAGACAUGGCUGCUGUAUUAUUGCUUUUCUUUCUCACUUUUAGUGAGACCUUUCCUUCCCUUGCCCUCAAGAGAUUCUGUUCAGUGGAAGAUCUCAAUGAUUACUGAAUGUCCAAAAUCAGCAGGUGUUAUUUAAUUGCUUUUCUUUUUGGUGUGUGCAUAAAGAAAAUGCCCUUCUUUUGCUGACAGCACUCAAACAUACUUAACUUAAUGGCGCCAGAGCUUGAAUUCAGCACAAGGGUGUGGAAAUGGUAGGGCUUAGAGUCUGUUAAAUUGGCAGUGCCGCAGAAAAUGACAAUUGACUUAAAUGGAAGUCGGUAAGUUCAAGUAGAUCUGUGGUGCUCUGACAAUUCAACAAAACCAUGAGAUUUUCACUGCAUUAGCAUUAUAAUAAGUCUCAUUUUCAUCAUUCAUUUUGUAUGAUGCGUGUAGGCCUCAACCACAAUUAAAGUAUGUAUGUCAGGUUAGAUUGAAAAAGCUUUUUCCUCAGCAUUUUAGUUCACAUUCCACUUGCGUUAAAAGGCCUUAAUCUCAUCUUGAAGUCUGAUGUUUAGUCGUAAGUUUGUUUUUUGGGCAAUUUUGCAUUGUGUUCCCCCUAAUUUUGUUAAUUUGGUAAUUAACAAUAUGCUUGAAUGCCUUUAAAUGAGGACAGUGACUUCUUGCUAUUUCUUUCUUAAUUUAAAGUAUGUUAUAAAUGACUCAUGGUAAAUGACCAGAGAUCCAGACUGGCUAUUUGAAAGCCAGUUAUCCAUUUUGAUGUUGGAGAAGGUAAUGUAAACAGUGGGUUACUUUUAUUGCAAGAUGGCCACCAUUUGAAAUCUUUUUGCCUUUGUUUCACAUCACAGCUCAUAGCCUUUAAGGCAGCGGCAGGCCAAAAUUAGGCCCCUUUUAGGAAUUUGCUACUUGUGGGAGAUGACUAGUUUGACUACAUUUUAUUUUUUGAUUAUUUACAUAUUUCAUUGUGUGGGAACGACAUAAUUUUGUUUUGUUGGGGGUUAUUAUUGACUAGGCCGAGGUGGCAUACUGUCUUGUUUCGAAACAGUCAGUCAAGUGGUCUGCUCUAUGUCAGCGGGAUGGCCAGAGAGGGAGGAGUGUAGCUUUACAAUCUGAAGAAGCUCUUUUUGUAGGCUGUGACAUGUCUGUAGUGGAGCUGUGUAGAUUACUAAUGGGCUGGAUGCCCCCAAUCUGGCAUCAGCCCCCUGCUGUUUUAAGGGCAGAAUUUAGCCAUCCUGUGGACUGGGUUCUUUUUAUUCCUGUACUAAAAGUAUUGUCUGUGUACAGACUUGUUUGAUGGGUGCAUGAGUUAGCAAGGCAGUUUUUUGAAAGCGUAUUUCCGUUGUGGCCAGAGCGGCUCGGUCAGAUCUGUUCAUUUGAGGAGCUGAGGUACAUGUUCUGCAGAUAGGCAAGAAAAUUGAAUUGUAGAGAUGUGUAUCAGUUGUAAUCUUUCUGUUUCAUCCUAUUAUUUCAAAUGUUCUCUUCCUUUUUUCCCGGUUAUGAAUUUGUCGCUGAUACUGGAUUCUGCAGGGGUCUUGAUGAAUUUCAGUGGCAUAUGUAUGUAUUUUAAUUCUGUUUGGAAAUUAACUAACAUUUUGGUAAGUUUUUUUUUCUGUUGUUUUGGAUUAGCGUUUGCCUAAGCAUAAUGCUUUGUGUUUUUUGAGAGAAAGGUAGUAUUCUGGCUGCAUGUAACACACGCCCACCCACCUCCCCACCCAUUUAAAUGAUGCUCUACCAAACUGUUAACAUUUCCCAGUUGGAUAGAUAUUUUAGUGUUAUUAAUUCACAGAAGAAUGUAGCAUCAGUUAGAAAGCUGUGACUCGAAAACAAGAUGAAAUUAAGCCUUUGUACACACACACACACACACACACACACACACACGCGCCCAUGCCCACACAUCAUAGAAACACACAUUUACAGGCUGAUAAAAGGCCAGACAUGUAUGACCCAGUGUAUCAGCCCGGAAGAGAGGUGUAUAGCCCAGUAAACCAGUAUCUGCCACUUUUGUUUACAAGAAAACUCAUUGUAAAUGGAAUAUAUAUAAAUAUAUUAUUUGUAUUUAAAUCAUUUCAAAUAAAAGAACUUUUAAA